UGCAUGGUUUAUUGGUUCAAGGAGAAGUAGAUCGCUUCUUAUAAUCUUAUUCCUUCACAUGGCGACUGUAGCGUCUCUCAAAUAUCUGCAUCAGUCUUCAGUUCAGUCCAUAAAUAUUAGUAAUCAUAAACUUGAAUAAUUCUUCUAGUAGCACAAGUCUCAUGCAGCUAGUAGUGUAUGACUAUUUUCAUCAUUUUCUUUAAUAGGCCUGCUAGCUAGGAAAUCAAGCAAAUCCAUCAUCCUCUCCAUCAGUAGCGAAUUCGUCACCCCCACAUGGCUAAACGACCUUCCACAGUAGAAGUUGUUGCUCGCUACCAUGUUUCUCCACCACCAAAUUCAGCCCCACCAACCUCUCUUCCUCUAACUUUCUUCGACAUACCUUGGCUUUGCUUCUCUGCAAGCCAACCUCUCUUCUUCUACAAGUAUCCUUUCCCUACUAAUCACUUUUUAUCCACCACUCUUCCGACUCUCGUACACUCCCUCUCCCUCACGCUACAACACUUCUUUGCUUUGGCUGGCAGCCUCGUGUGGCCACCGGAUCCAUUCAAACCUCUAAUUGUUUACAAUGAAGGUAACUACGUCUCCUUGGUGGUUGCUGAAUCUGACGGAGAUUUCUUUCACUUCUCUGGAAAUCAUCAGCGAUGCGUUAACGAGUUUUAUCCACUACUCCCUCAGUUACCAAGCAGGGCAUCCGAAAGCAAACACGAAAUCCCCUUACUUGCCGCACAAAUCACCAUUUUCUCUAAUUCUGGCAUAUGCAUAGGAUUUGCAUAUCAUCAUGUGGUUGCUGAUGGCAGGACUUUCAACAGCUUCAUCAAGACAUGGGCAUCGCUUUUCAGAGACCCUUCUUUCUUAAUCAAGUCACUGCCCUUUUAUGACCGGACGGUCGUUAAAGAUACUUGCGGGCUCGAGUCGAUUUUCUUGAACGAUUGGAGCAACAGAAAAUCUUCUCAAGAGAUGGCCAUAGGUGUUGACACUCGGGUGACUAAUUUGUCUGACUCUGACAUGGUUCGAGCCACUUUCCUUAUGUGUCCUGGUGAUAUGGAGAAGAUUAAACAAUGGAUUGUUACUCAAUGUAAGCUGAAGAACAAUCCCCAACCUCCCUAUUUAACCCCUUCUAAUUUAACUUGUGCUUUUGUUUGGAUUUGUUUGAUAAAAGCACAAGAGAAAGUUAAUGGGAAAUUAUUUGGUAAGAAUCCAAGUUACUUCGGCUUCAAUGCGGGUGGUAUUACCCGGUUAGACUAUCCUGUACCAACUACUUAUUUUGGUAACUGCAUCGCCUUUGCUCGAACAAUGGCGAUUCAACGGGAGCUUUGCGGAGAGGAUGGCAUUAUCGUUGCAGCAAAUAUGAUCGGAAACAGAGUCAAGGAAUUGGACGACGGAGUUCUUGCAGGGGCAGAAACUUGGAUAUCAGAUUGGGCGGUCUUUUAUGAAUCAGAGUCCCAUGUUAUGGUUACCGGGUCCCCGAAACUGGAUUUCUAUGACACUGAUUUCGGGUGGGGGAGGCCUAAGAAAAUAGAGGAAAUUUCAAAUGAUAAAGCCAAUGCCAUUUCGUUCACCGAAAGCAGAGAUGUGAAAGGCGGUAUUGAGGUUGGCUUAGCUUUGCCCAAGGCUAAAAUGGAUGCUUUUACAUCUUUCUUCACCCAUGGUCUCGAGCUCAUCAAAUGAUUAAUGCUUUCUUCUGUUAGGAUUCCAUAUGUCAACCUAAAAAACCCAACUUUUCAGCUGUUUCCUCCUAAUUUCUCCUUCUAAGCAAGUUUCUUUACUGCUUUAAGUUGCCAGGAAAAAGUUUAAUGCCCUUCAAAGAAAGGUUGAAUUGCAUAAUAUCUGGUAGAUGCUGCAUGUAUUUUGUUAAUGAGUUUUUUUGGGCUAAACAAAGUUUCGUUUAUGACUUA